AUGACUACAGAGGAUACCUAUCCUGAAAGACUAGUGUUACCCAAUAUACUUAGACAACCAUGGAUACUACAUACUGUCAUCGAAAACUUGUUGUCCGCCAUUCGCAAUACUGUUACUGCCAGUCAACGCCAGGAUGACGGUACCAUCGCUCUUCCGUUGUUCGACCCGGGCACUGGCGAUAAAGCAGCCGCCGCAGCCUGGAGCAUAGAGAUCGAGGGGACCAGCAUGGAGUUCGGUUGGAGCAGCAUCGCCACGGUAGCAAAGGUAGGUAAAGCCCUUGAGGGCUCUGCAUUACUUGGCUUGAAUCGUGUGAACCUCAAAACGGUAGAACCUGGGAGAAUCUUAAAUCGGAAAUUAUCGCCAAAAGAAAAAUCUUUCCGAGAAGUUAUACAAAGCUGUGGCAUACUGUUGAUUCAUACGCUAGGUCUUAGGGAGUGGAAGGUAGAUUGGGAUGAGGAAGGAAGUGAUUAUGAUAGGAGAGAUGAUGGUUGGGGUGACGCGUCUGACUAUUUCAGUUACGUCUGUUUCAUAGGGAAUCAGACCAAUAACAGGCGGCAACCACGUGAAGGAGAUAGUCAGGCUUGCCUCAGGGAUCUACACGACCCGCGCUCUCCCCUGAGGCCGUUCGCCAGAUUAUCACUUGGGUUUAGUGAUAAAAUAGGUGAUGCGUCAGUUUGA